AUGGCCGCGUCCGGGGACGAGAGCAGCUCUGUGUCGCGGGGCCGCUCGCAGAGCGACCCCAGCGUCCUCGCCGACGCCAGCGCCUCCGCGGACCCCCGGGAGAACCCAGAUGAGAUGGAGCAAACGCCACCAGUGCGCUCCGAGUACCUGGUCCCAGGGAGCCGAACACCCCCCGUGAGGAGGAACAGCAAGCUGGCCACGCUAGGCCGUAUCUUCAAACCCUGGAAAUGGAGGAAAAAGAAAAACGAGAAGCUGAAGCAGACAACGUCGGCUCUGGAGAAGAAGAUGGCUGGCAGACAGGGCCGCGAGGAGCUCAUCAAGCAGGGGCUGAUGGAGAUGAUGGAGCAGGACGCAGAGAGUAAGCAGUGUGGCUCCGAUGGGGGCUCCGGACCCACGCAGAGUGAACCGUCCACCGCCCCGCAGGCGGCGCCAGCCUCAGAAGAUGCCCAGCCUGGAAGCCCCCAGCUUUCGGGGACGGACCACGCCUCCCCGGAGGAGCUGCUGCCCCCAGACGCCCAUCUGGACGAUAAAGCCAAGAUGCCAUCUGCGUCCAGUGAGGAGGAGACUGAGCCUGGCAGCCUCCUGCCCACUGCUGACCAGCUCUCCCAAGCCUUAGCGGGCGCGGACUCCCAGGACUGUCCCCUCAGACCCCUGGAAAGAUCCUCGGGACCGCUCCCCAGCCCCCCACUGCUGCCCACCCCACUGCCCAAGGGAAGCUGCAAACUCACAAAAAGUGUCACAGGCCAGGCUGCACUCUUCCAAGGCUCCAGCUUGAAGAGCACCGAGCCACCCCUCCGGGGGCAGCUCUCCACCCCCACGGGGUCCCCACACCUCACCACCGUCCACCGGCCGCUGCCCCCCAGCCGCAUCAUCGAGGAGCUGCACCGGGCGCUGGCCACGAAGCACCGGCAGGACAGUUUCCAGGGGCGGGAGAGCAAGGGGUCUCCGAAGAAGCGGGUGGAAGUCCGCCUGUCGAGAGCGUCCAGCAUGGAGCGGGGCAAGGAGAGGGAGGAGGCGUGGAGCUGUGAGGGCGCCAAGGAGUCGGAGGAGAACAAGGAGAACUUGCUUUUGAACUCUGAGCUCAAGGACGACUUGCUCCUGUACCAGGAUGAAGAGGUGCUGAACGACUCCAUCAUCUCCGGAACGCUGCCGAGGAAGUGCAAGAAGGAGCUGUUGGCCGUGAAGCUGAGGAACCGGCCCAGCAAACAGGAGCUGGAGGAGCGGAACAUCUUCCCGCGGAGGACGGACGAGGAGAGGCAGGAGAUCCGGCAGCAGAUCGAAAUGAAGCUCUCCAAACGGCUGAGCCAGAGACCCGCCGUGGAGGAGCUGGAGAGGAGAAACAUCCUGAAACAAAGGAAUGAUCAGACAGAGCAAGAAGAAAGGCGAGAAAUCAAGCAAAGACUAACAAGAAAGCUUAACCAGAGGCCCACUGUUGAUGAACUAAGAGACAGAAAAAUCCUGAUACGUUUCAGCGAUUAUGUGGAAGUAGCAAAAGCCCAGGACUAUGACAGGAGGGCAGACAAGCCCUGGACGCGGCUGUCAGCAGCAGAUAAGGCAGCAAUUCGUAAAGAAUUAAAUGAAUACAAAAGUAAUGAAAUGGAGGUACAUGCAUCAAGCAAGCAUUUGACAAGAUUCCACAGGCCAUAGAGAUUUUCUUCUGAGAAGAAUUUGUGUUUAACUUUUGAUACCAACACUGAACAUUCAUC